AUGUUUGUUAAAUCAAUUGUUAUCGAUGGAUUUAAAUCCUACGGGAGAAGAACGGAGAUUAGCGGUUUCGAUCGUGAAUUUAAUGCAAUAACUGGAUUAAAUGGAAGUGGAAAAUCAAAUAUUCUUGACGCUAUUUGCUUUGUUUUAGGGUUACAAAAUUUGGGACAAGUUCGUGCUACUCUUUUACAGGAUUUAGUUUACAAACAAGGACAGACAGGAGUGACAAAAGCAAGUGUUUCAAUUACGUUUGAUAACUCUGACAAAGAACAAAGCCCGGUUGGUUAUGAAAGCUAUGAUGAAAUUAUGGUUACAAGACAAGUGGUUAUGGGUGGAAAAAAUAAAUAUUUUAUUAAUGGUUUAAACGCUCCUAAUAAUAGAGUCAAGGAUCUUUUUUGUUCAGUACAAUUAAAUGUAAAUAAUCCUCAUUUUUUAGUUAUGCAAGGUAGAAUAACAAAAGUUUUAAAUAUGAAACCCUUAGAAAUACUAUCGAUGAUUGAAGAAGCAGCAGGGACUAGAAUGUUUGAAUCUAAAAAACAACAGGCAGAAAAAACUUUAGAAAAAAAGGAUGCCAAAUUGUUACAAAUUGAUGAAAUUGUCAAUGAAAACAUAAGUCCUAAAUUGACAAAAUUGAAAGAGGAAAGGGGACAGUAUUUAGAAUUUAAAAAAAUCGAAAGGGAAUUAGAAUAUUUACAAAAGAUUUACAUCGCAUGGAAAUAUGUGUCAAACAAACAAACAGCAGAAAAAGCAGAUAUCAGCAUGGAAAAAAUCAAAGAGACUAUAAGAACUAAAAAAGAAUUUAUUGAAAAUGGUCAAAAAGAAAUGGAAGAAAUCAAUAGACAAAUGGAAGAAUUACACAAAUCGAAAGAUGCAGAAAGCGGUGGAAAGUUAGCUGAAACUGAAACACAUUUGAGAGAAAAAGAAAGACAGUUGACAAAAUCUGUGGGUGCUCAAAAUCAAUGCAUUGACAACAUGGAAGAUGAAAAAAAGAAAAUAAAAGAAUUGGAAAAAAAUAUCAAAGAUGAUGAAAAUGUAUUAAAAAAUAAAUCGACAAAAUUGUCUAAAAUUGAUGGAGUUUUUCAAGGGCUUGCAGAGGAAGAAGAAAAGGAUAAAAUGGAAUUAGAAAAAGCUCAAAAUAAAUUUCAAGCACUUAGUUCAGGUUUAGUGGCAGAUAAUGGAGGAAAAGAAGCGACUCUACAGGACAAACUUAUGGAUUCAGAGAGACAAAUCGCUCAAGCUCAAACUGAAAUCGAACAGUGUAAACUUCAAUUACAACAUUGCAAUGCAGAUCUGAAGAAAAAAACUGCCGAACUACAAACGACAAAAAAUGAUUUUAAAAAAGAUGGAGAUGUUUUGAACAAUUUGGAAACAGAAGUUGGUUCGUUGGAAAAACAAAUUUCUCAAUUAGGAUACGAUGCUCAGGAAACAGAAAAUUUACAUGCGGAAAAUAAGCAAUUAAAAUAUGAAUUAAGAGGAUUAAGAGACAAAAUAGAAGCUGUAGAAUCAAAGGAUCCAAGAUUAAGUUUUAGAUAUAAAGAUCCAGAGCCUAAUUUCAACAGGAAAUCAGUUCACGGUUUAAUUUGUAAAUUGUUUGAUUUGUGCGAUUCACAAUUUGCUGUAGCCAUUGAAAAAACAGCAGGCGGUAGACUUUUUAACGUUGUAGUGGACACGGAUCUCACGAGUAAAAAACUAUUAGAUAAAGGAAAAUUAGAAAGGAGGACUACAAUCAUACCACUGAAUAAGAUAACUGGUAGAAAAUUAGAUUCGAGAACUGUUCAAACUGCUGAAAAACUUGUUGGUAAAGGAAAUGUUUGGCCUGCAUUAUCUCUUAUCAAUUACGAUCCGAUUUUUGAACCGGCCAUGCAAUUUGUUUUCGGUACUACAUUUGUCUGCAGAGAUUUGAACGUUGCGAAAAAAAUUUGUUAUCAUCCGGACAUAAUGAAAAAAUGUGUGACUCUCGACGGUGACACGUGUGAUCCUUCUGGAACAUUGUCUGGAGGUGCUAGACAACAAACUCAACCGGUUCUUUUAAAACUUUUAGAUAUAAAAAAGUGGUCGAGUGAUUUUGAUUCGAAAGAAUCUCGAAUAAACGUCAUAGAAAAACAACUGGAAAAGCUUUUGUCGAAAUCUACGCAGUACAAUUCGUUAAAACAAAAAUUAGAUCUCAGGAGUCACGAAUUGAACGUCAUUCGGGAACGACUUCAAAAAACGACGCACUACCAAUGCCAGGAAGAAGUCAAUGCGAUAAAGAAUAAGAUAAACGAAUUGACGGAAAGGCAACAAGAAUGUCAAGAAACGGUGGUGAGAGAAAAAAAGAAUCUCGUCGACAUUAAGAACAACAUAAAAAAUGCCAAACAAAACAGGGAGAAAGAAUUGAAAGAAGCGGAAAACGAGCUUAAAAAUUUAAGGAAAAAAUCCGAGGAAAGUCGAAAGGAGAGAGAAAAGCGGGCCGAAGAAUACGACGGUUUAAAAUUGGAAGUGGACGAAUUGAAAAAUUCAAUCAAAACCAAUUUGGAACAAAUACAAAAACAUCAGGAAUCGAUGAGGACCCUGGAGGAAAACAAGAAAAAUUUAGAAGCCGAAGUGGAAGAAAUAAAAAAAAGCGUCGAAGAAGCACAAAAAGAAUUGAAAUCGAUAAAGGAUAAGAUAGCGAAAAAAAAUAAGGAAAUAAUAGAGGGAAAUAGAAAAAAGGAUUUGAUAUUAAAACAGUCGAGAGAAAUGGAAUUGGAAAUCAAACAAUGCGAACAAGACAAAGAUAAGUUGAAGGAAGAAGCCAAAGAAUGCAAUAGGAGAGUUCAGGAAUUGCAAAAAGCUCACGAUUGGAUUCUCCAGGAAGAACAAUUUUUCGGGCAAAAAAAUGGAAUUUACGAUUUCAACGAAACGGAUCCGAAAGAAGCGGGAAAAAGAAUCGGAAAACUACAGGAAAUGAAGGAUAAAUUGGGGAAAAACAUAAACACGAAAGCGAUGAAUCUGCUGACGAAAACGGAAGAGCAAUACAACGAUUUGAUGAAGAAAAGACAUCAGGUCGAAGACGACAAGAAGAAAAUAUUAGAAGUCAUCAGGGAAUUGGGAGAGAAAAAAAAAGAAGCUCUCAAGCAAGCAUGGAUACAAGUUAACAAAGAUUUCUCUUCUAUCUUUAGCACUCUGCUACCGGGAGCCGUGGCCAAAUUGGAACCCCUGGAGGGUAUGACGGUGCUUGACGGUUUGGAAUUCCGCGUCGGAUUCGGCGGAAAGUGGAAAGAAAGCCUGGGAGAAUUGAGCGGAGGUCAAAGGUCUCUAGUUGCUCUAUCCCUCAUAUUAUCAAUGCUUUUAUUCAAACCCGCUCCCAUAUACAUAUUGGACGAAGUCGAUGCCGCGUUGGAUUUGUCGCACACUCAAAACAUUGGAAUCAUGUUGAAAUCUCAUUUUAAAACGUCACAAUUUAUAAUAGUUUCGUUAAAAGAUGGAAUGUUUAAUAAUGCCAACGUUUUAUUCAGAACGAAAUUCGUAGACGGAAUGUCGACAGUAUCGAGAAUCGUACAAAGUCAAACGAAUAAAAAAGAUAAUAAUAAUAAAAAAAAUUAG